AAAAGUACCGUAAGUUGUUACGUCGCGGAGUAUACGGCGCAUCGAUAGUGUUUUGUCUUUUAUCUCGGCUUGCUGAGCCGAAUCGAUCGCGACAGGUGACUCAAAACUUCUCGCGUUCUUCUUUUCUUUUCGGAUAUUUGAAAUUUACGUUUGUGACCUCGAUCGGGAUUGUGAUUUUUCGACCUCGGAGUGAAAAUGGUGGAGUUUGUGCGGAUUUUAGAUUUACAGGGUGAUUUUUGAGUGAUAGGGACAGGAAAUAGUUUUAGUUUUUUUAUACUUUUAUAAUGUUAAUAAAGUGAAAUGUGAACUGAUUUAAACUUUACUAAAAUGAAUAAGUUUUGUACGUAUAAGAAAAGUGAAAAACAAAAGUUGCUGAUAAUUCCAGAUUUAAAUAUACCUCAGGGAUCAGAUCCAAGGGUAGCAACAUGCAGAGGAAAACUCCAGAACAGACGAUCAAAGUUAAACCAAGAGAUUAACAAGGAGUUGCGUUUACGCGCCGGCGCUGAAAAUUUGUUUAAGGCAACUACAAAUAAAAAAUUACGAGAAACGGUGGCUGUGGAGUUGAGUUUCGUCAACUCAAAUCUUCAGUUGUUGAAAGAGCAACUGGCGGAGUUGAAUUCUUCGGUGGAGUUAUACCAAAGUGAUAGCACCGAUGCCGUAAUGCCGAUGAUCCCCUUAGGCCUUAAAGAAACAAAAGAAAUCGACUUCCGAGACCCUUUCAAAGAUUUCAUCUUAGAACAUUACAGCGAAGACGCCAACCACUACGAAGAUGCCAUCUCCGACUUUAUGGACACCAGGCAAGCCAUCCGAACUCCCCUCCGAGAUUCCUCCGGGAUCGCCUUACUAUUUAGGUACUACAACCAACUGUACUUCGUAGAAAGAAGAUUCUUUCCGCCCGAUAGGUCCCUAGGAAUAUACUUCGAGUGGUUCGAUUCUUUAACUGGUGUGCCAUCGUGUCAGAGAACGGUUGCUUUCGAGAAGGCGUGCGUUCUAUUUAAUAUGGGAGCUGUAUAUACACAAAUUGGGGCCAAGCAGGAUAGGUCGACGGCCAAAGGUCUGGAUGCGGCUGUGGAUAGUUUUCUAAGAGCUGCUGGUACGUUUAGAUAUAUAAACGAGAACUUCACCAACGCUCCGUCGAUGGAUCUGGGUCCAACAAUGUUAGAAAUGUUUGUACAGUUAAUGUUGUGCCAAGCUAGAGAAUGUCUUCUAGAAAAGCUCCAACUACAGUCCAAGGACAACAGGUCCAUCGACAUUUGUUUAGAUUUAUCCCAAGAAGCCGCUCAUCUUGCAGUAUGUUAUAACGACGUGAGUCAGCUAAUAAAUCACGAUACCGUCAGAGACUUCGUUCCCUACAGUUGGUCCUCCCUCGUGCAAGUCAAAAGGGAAUUCUACACGGGAAUGGCACAUAACUUGGUGGCAAAUGGGGUGCUACAUAAAGAUGCUGCGAAGAUGUCCGAUAACACGAAAGACACUCUUUUGUAUAUGCAUGUUGAGAUAGAUGGAUUAGCGCAGUUGGAUAUAAAGAUGCCAAAAGAUGCUUCAGAAAGGAGACUAUUAGGGAGGGCUCAUCUAAGGGAAGCACUCAUGCUGUAUGAAGAAGCUCAACGACAACACCGGAUGUGUAGAGAAUUGAAAGGAAAGCAGGCUCUUACAUCGGUGUUGAGAACAGCGCAUAAAAUUGCGUUAAAUGCGUACACGGGAACAGAGACUGAAGAUGACUUUAGUGACCUGCUCGAUCCACCUCAAAUACAAGCAUCAACCAAGUUUCAACUAUCUCUGACACCCCCAGACUUUGCACAGUAUCGCGUGACAGAUCUGUUUAGAAGUCUGGGACCGAUUGCCAUUUUUUCAGCGAAGAGGCACUGGACCGCUCCAAGGCUAGUUCAGCUCCAUCGAGGAAGAACCACCGAUGGAUUUGGGUUUUCCCUCCGUGGCGAUGCUCCGGUGCUUGUAGCUGUGGUCGAGGCUAAUUCCUUAGCAGAGUUUGGAGGAAUUAAAGAGGGCGAUUUCAUUGUCGCGGUGGCCGACAAAGAUGUCAAAUGGUCCUCGCACGACGAAGUAGUAACUCUUAUCAAAAACGCUGAAGAAUCUCUGAAUCUCAAGCUGGUUACUCCAAUGGAUAGAAACUAUCUGAAGCCAUCAAAAGCACCAAGUACAAACAAAGGCUCAGUCUCGACCCAUAGCAGCAGCUCCGGAGUCUCAAGCGGCAUGUCUAGUCCAUCCGGUUCCAUGGCCCAACAUAACAACAACAACCAAAAGAAGUCGAAUUGGAAUCCGUUCAAACGACACUCAUCGUCCAGAGAAGGAAAAGAUUUUUACGAAAACGUCAUCUUACGAUGAGGAAAAUUUUGUUUUACCUUUAAUUUAUUUAUCGAAUUGUACAUUUUAUUCCAAGGUAGGUUAAUUUUUGGCGUCGGACGGUACUGAAUUCAAUGAUUGUAUCAAUGUUUAAGAAUGUAUUGAAUAUUGAUUUCAUAUUGACAAUUUAACAAAAUACAAUUAACUAAAAGAAUUCAUAUUUACUUUGUAACACUUUUUUAAUUAAUGGAAAGCGAAAAGUCUGUAUUAAAAUUAUUUAAAUAAUAUUUACUAAAUAGAUUGAAAAUUAAUUUCAGGCAGUAUCAGUUAGGGUGAAGAAACUUAUUCGUCUCCUCUGAUGCCUUUUUACUUAUUGUGAAGCAUAUUCACCAUGUAUCUUUUGUUGUAGUGAUUUUCUCUCACUUCACAGUAACUAACUAUUCUAGCUUUUAUCCAACAUUCUAAAAUCAUCAUUGUAAGACUUUCAAGAUGGCCGCCGAGCUCCUAUUGCUUUAUUGAAGUCAAGCUGCCUACCUAAAAUGGCGGAGGUCAGCUGUCAACAUAUGACCAAUCCAAUAUGGCGGCUGGUAGCUGUCAGCAUGUACACAACCUAACAGAGCAGAUGUCAGGUGUCUAUCCAAUAUGAAGACUCUUCUUUUCUAUAAAAUCUGCUAAAGUUUACUGAAGUUUUAUAAAUACACUAGGUCUUAAUACAGCUUGUGACAAAUGCUCAACAUGUGACCAAUCCGAUAUGGCGGCUGAUAGCUGUCAGCAAGUAUCCAACCUAACAGAGCAGAUGUUAUGUACCUAUCCAAUAUGAAGACUCUCUUUUUCUGUAAAAUCUUCUAAAGCCUGCUAAAGUUUUAUGAAUACACUAUGGUUUGUUUUUAAACCAAGAGGAGUAAACCAAAAAGACAGAUUCAUACCAAAUAAAAUUACUAAAAAAAUCACAAAAUAAAUCUUCUUUUCUAGUUGAUCAUAUCGGCCUUGGAUGAUAAUCCAUAAAGAGUUAUAAAAACGAGUGUUUUUUUUUAUAAAACAGACUAAAAAUCUAAAAAUUAAAAGAAUAACGCAGCAAAUUUAAAAAACGCUGAUAUAACUUAAUUAACCUAUGAAAUGCUAAAAGUUUCAAAAUUUUAUAAAUGUCAUUAAAGUGAAAAUUUCAUAACAGUGGAGUAAACUUGCCUGAGGUUGGACCAAUUACAAACAAGCAUUACGGCGCGGUAAAUUUGAAUUACUCCUCCAGGUUUAAAAACAGACCAUAGGUAUUACAGCUUUGGUCCUUAUACAGAUUUAGUACAUACUUUACUAUCCAAUAACACUAAAUUAUGUUUGUCUCUAGUCGCCUCUUUCAGUGAUACUUUUUCUCCUAAAGGUGCAUAUUUUCCUGUCAAGUCUUGGCUUUCGAGUGCCAUGAUUAGUAACACAGUUGUUGGUUUCAAACCAUAGAUAUAUUACCAAUAGAUGAGGCUAGUUAUAGGCUGCUCAAUGUAUCGAGGUGUAACGCCAAUAUCAAGUACAGUGCUCUAGCUAUCUUUGUCUGUCGUACGAGUGUGAGUGUAUCUACCAAGAGGUGGGAGUAAUGGAACGACACAGACACAGUGACAGCGGCCAUCAUAUGCUAGAGAGAAAGAGCUAAGCACUGGUAGAGAGAGAUAGAUAGACCACCGACCCGAACUGUUCCGCGUUACGCUAUUUUUCGUAUCUUGCCUAAUCCACGUAUUAUUAUAUCUAUGUUUCAAACACCAGUGAUAUGCAUUUAGGCUAGGCUUCAAUGUAGUGGUUUCCCCUUACUUUAUACAUUCUUAUGCCGUAUUUUUUAUUCAUCCACCUUCGGGGCCAAUUUCUCAACCCCAUGACAAAAGGGUGCCCUACCACUUUACAACUCAUCGACCCAAAGCCGUUGGUUCCCAGAUAGCAAUAUAAACUUGUUUCAAACUUGCAACAAGUUUGAUACAUCAAACAUGAAAGCUUGCUGCAGGUUUGCCAUGGCAACUUUGCAAGCUUGCAGCAAGUUUAAAUCAAACUUGCUAGUUGGAGUGUGACAAACUUGCAUGAAGUUUGUUUUUUCAAACUUGGUACAAACUUGAUAUAAUAAACUUGCUGAAGGUUUGUUUUUGUUUUGUUGCAUGAAGUUUGUUUUUUCAAACUUGAUACAAACUUGCUUAAUGUUUGUUUUGACAUACUAGUCACAAUUUGAAUAAAACAAUGUGAAUAAAAAAUACAAUACCAUUUUAUAUAACUAUUUAUUCAGUAAUCACUCAAGUAAAAUACAAUCUAUUGUCUAAAAUUAUUUAUUGGAACUUAAACCCGCUACCUUCAGAUUCCGAUGCUCAGUUUUGUCUCAGCUCCGAAACAAAUAAAAGAAAUUGUUAUAAAGUCUUGUUGUGUGAGCAGAAUUAAUAUUUGCUAUAAAAAAGAGAUAAAAACAUGUUAAAGUAACAAUUUUACAAUAAAACCUAAAACUUAUUUAUAAAAAAUAUAUUAUAAUAUGUUUAUUUUAGAUAGUAUGUAUGUAAAUACAGUUAGAAGCUACGAAAAACAUAAAAAAAACUUACCUCAAUUUCACCAAAGCAAAAAUAAUACCAAUCUGUACCUAAUCACCACAAGCAGGUGGGUCUUAUGAAAAAC